UUCUGCAAAGUGUAAAAGAAACACGUCUCCCACUUCCCCUUCCCUCCUUCCCCACUCUCUUUCAUGCCCUUUUCAGUCUUUUCACUUUGCUCCCCAAUCGGACGGCUCGGCCCAGUCCACACACUCGUCUUCUUCUUGCUCUUCCCUGUCGUCGCACUCUACACCCGCUCACACCAUAACAUACCCACUCCCCUUCCCUUCCCCACCCUCUCCGUCCCUUUCUCUUUCUUCUUCUCUAGGGUUCCCACUCUUAUUAUAUUUUGUUCUCUCCAAAAAAAUAUCUCUCUCGCCUCGCUUCUCCUGCUUUCUUCUUAUCAUAAUUCUCAUUUUUUUUUUCCUGUUGGUCUGGCCUCGAGUCCAUCAACGACAUCUCUCAGGGGCUUAUGUGUAUGCUGGUGGUAUUGAAUGGCGAUUGAGAAGAAUAACUUCAAGGUUUCGAGAUUUGAUUCAGAGUUUUCGCCACAUAGUAGAGAUACUAACACUAUGUUGUCAAGUGAGGACGAGGAGUUUCAGAGGCGAAACUUGAGUGCUGUUGAUUCUGAUGAUGAUGAUGAAGAUGAUGAUUUUGAUGACUGUGAUUCUGGGGCUGGCUCGGAUGACAUUGAUUUACUUGAAUUUGGUGAAGCUGGGGAGGAGUUUUGCCAGGUUGGUGAUCAAACCUGCAGCAUUCCAGUUGAGUUGUAUGAUCUUUCCGGGCUGCAUGAUGUGUUGAAUAUGGAUGUGUGGAAUGAGGUCUUGAGUGAGGAAGAAAGAUACAGUCUUACUCAGUAUUUACCUGACAUGGACCAAGAGACUUUUAUGCGGACUUUAAUGGAGCUCCUUACUGGGUGUAAUUUGCAUUUUGGAAGUCCUAUUGAUAAGUUGUUUGACAUGUUGAAGGGAGGGUUGUGUGAGCCGAGGGUGGCUUUGUAUCGGCAGGGUUUGAAUUUCUUUCAGAGAAGGCAGCAUUACCAUCUCUUGCGGAAGCAUCAGAAUACAAUGGUGAGCAAUCUUUGUCAAAUGAAAGACGCUUGGUUGAAUUGCAAAGGGUAUAGCAUUGAGGAAAAGCUUCAAGUUCUGAACAUAAUGAAGAGCCAAAAUAGCUUGAUGUAUGACAAGAUGGAGGAAUUAAAAAGUGACUCGUCUGAGAUGGAGGAGUCAGGAGAUGGUACAUGGGGCAAACUGGCCAAGGAUCGAAAGCUUGGGCAGAAACUUGCCCGACAGUCUGGAUAUGGCAUUGCUUUGGCUUCGGAUUUCCCAUCUCAUGGCAGGCAACUGGCUUUAGAACCACCAAAGGCCGGGAAGCAGAAUAAAAAAGGAAAUCUCAAGUUAGGGGGAUCUAAAUCUGCAAUGGCAAAAGAACUACCAGGUGGCUUUUCUUUGGCCCACCACGGGAUGGAUCUAAAAUCUGGGCCUUAUGGUCCAGCUCUGCCUCUUUCUCACCAUUAUCGAGUGGCAGGGUUUGAUCCUGGGGCAGCAUUCCACAGUAGGGAUCAAAUGGAAGCUGAUGAUUAUGAAAAUGAAUCAAUGUAUGAAGUGUCUGUGCACAGAGAUCAGAAUUUCUCUCGGGCUGGGGUAUCAAGCAAAGGAGGGACUUUCAAAAUGGGGAAAAGACAUGAUGAACCUUUGAGAGUUGAAGAGUAUACUGACAAUUUUAUGGGAUUACCUAAGAAUGAUUUGCAUUUGUAUGGCAGGAACAACACUGUCAAUCAAUUAUCAGACAUCAAGGUUUUAACUUCAAAGCCACUUAAUGCUAGGAUUCCCUAUGAUCUUGGGAAAAAGGUCAAGAAUGUUGGAAAUUUUCUGCAUCAUGGUUCUGAAGAUCAGAUGAUAUAUGGAAAGGGUCGAAUACCAAAUUUGUUACUGAAAGGAAGUCACACAGAAAUGUUAGAUGGGAAGGAACCCUUUUGGCUUGGUACAGGACAGGGAGGACCUUUCUCUGCUGAGCAAUCAUACAAGUAUGGAGAUUGGAAUGGAAAAAGCAAGAAGUGGAAAAUGGGUAGGGACUCUCCUGAGCUUGGAGUUGAUAAUCGAUUUAUUGAUUCCGAGUAUCAGCCAAAACCAUUGCAGGAAAGAGUCAGAUCAAGUUCUAUGCAAAAUGGUGGGCGAGGUAUGGCAAAGUUUAAAGGUGUCAGGGAUUUUGCUAAAAAGGAUGAAACUGAAUCUGAUUCAUCUGAGCAGAUUGAUGAAGAUGAGGAUGAUAAUCCCCUGAUGAGGAGCAAGUGGGCUUACCCUAGUGGCAUUUCUGAUCUAAAAGUGGGCCGAAAUUCGAAGAAGUCAAAACUUUUUAAGAAGGAUGCAAAAGAUGGGAUCUGGACUCUUGAUGGAUCGUCCCACUCCACAAGACAGAUGUCUGAUUCUGGUGAACAUCUACGGAUGAUUAAAAAUGGGAACCACAACUGGAGAGCUGAGCAGAAAGGCAAGAUGCAUGAUAUUGGUCAAGUUAAUGCUUAUACUAGAGAUUUGGGCAGGAAUUAUUUCUCUGGAUCUGGUCGACUAACUGGUGAGGAUGAUUGGCAGCAAAUGUACAAGUUGGGAAGGAAUGACCAUAUCCAAGAAGAUCAGAGCGAAAGAUUGCACAUUCCCAUCUUUAAGUCACCACAUUUGGAGAGGAGGAGGAAAGGAGAAUUGUACAGGGACUAUGGCGUUCCCCAGUCAAAUUUUCUGCAAGAUAAUGAUCUUGAGGAGGAUGAUGAUUCCCUUCUGAUUAAGUCAUUGGCAGGGCAUGCCAAGGUCUCUGCCAGGUUGGGGAAAAAAGCUCAAGUGAACGAAACAUAUGCUGGUAAUCAUCAUGAAAAAUCUGAUAUUCAAUUGAUAGGAUGCAACUCUAAUGCUAAGAAACGGAAAGUGAAGGAUGAUGUGACUUACCUGGAUGAGAGAGAAAAUACAAGUUAUUUCCCCUAUGAUAGUCAAUUGCAAAUGGAUGAUGCUGAUUCCUCAAAGAAGCGGGGGAAAAAGAAAUUGGGGGAUGACACUGUUAUGUUGGAAAAGGGAAUCAAUGAAGUACCUAAUACAGAGAUGGAAGUAGAAGAUGUCGAGCCAGAUAUUAAACCGCAGAAAAAGCAUUUCACUCCAAUUACACCCACGGUUCAUACCGGCUUCUCAUUCUCAGUCAUUCAUCUUCUUUCAGCAGUUCGCAUGGCAAUGAUUACUCAGAUUCCAGAGGACUCUUUAGAGGUUGGAAAGCAUCUUGAUCAGACUGAGGGUGCAGCAAUUGUCAACGAGGACCAAGAUACAAGGCAGGAUAGCUCCAACGGAAAUCAUCCACAGGCAGACUUGGAUGUCAGUAAGCUUGCAGCUUCUUCACAACUGAACGUUCCUUCUCUCACUGUUCAGGAAAUUGUUAACCGUGUUAGAUCCAAUCCUGGAGAUCCCUGUAUUCUUGAAACUCAAGAACCACUUCAGGAUUUGGUCCGAGGUGUUCUGAAAAUAUUUUCAUCCAAAACAGCACCUUUGGGAGCUAAAGGUUGGAAAUCACUUGUUGUCUAUGAAAAGACAAACAAAAGUUGGUCCUGGAUUGGUCCUGUGAAUCACAGUCCAUCUGAUAAUGAGGCUGUCGAGGAGGUGACAUCUCCAGAUGCCUGGGGUCUUCCUCACAAGAUGCUUGUCAAGUUAGUCGAUUCUUUUGCUAAUUGGCUGAAAAAUGGUCAGGAGACACUCCAACAAAUAGGAAGUUUACCGGCCCCACCAUUGACACUGAUGCAGUUCAAUUUAGAUGAGAAAGAACGGUUCAAGGACCUGAGAGCUCAGAAGAGUCUCACCACUAUCAGCCCAAGUUGUGAAGAAGUAAGAUCUUAUUUCCGUAAAGAGGAGGUACUUAGGUAUUCAAUUCCAGACAGAGCCUUUGCUUAUACAGCUAUUGAUGGUAAAAAAUCAAUCGUUGCCCCCUUGAGAAGAUGUGGUGGCAAGCCAACAUCGAAGGCCAGGGAUCAUUUUAUGCUAAAACGUGAUCGUCCUCCCCAUGUUACUAUUCUCUGUCUUGUAAGAGAUGCAGCUGCUAGAUUGCCAGGAAGCAUUGGGACAAGGGCAGAUGUUUGCACGCUGAUCAGAGAUUCACAGUAUAUUGUGGAAGAUGUUUCUGAUGCUCAAGUUAAUCAAGUGGUUAGUGGAGCACUGGACCGGCUACAUUACGAGCGUGAUCCUUGUGUGCAGUUUGAUGGAGAGAGGAAACUGUGGGUGUAUUUGCACAGAGAAAGAGAAGAAGAGGAUUUUGAGGAUGACGGGACAUCAUCGACUAAGAAAUGGAAGAGGCAAAGAAAAGAAGCAAAUGAGCCAUCAGAGCAAGGGUCUGUGACUGUUGCUUUUCAUGGGCCGGGAGAACAAAGUGGUUUUGAUUUAAGCUCUGAUCUAAAUAUUGAACCGUCGUGCACGGAUGAUGAUAAAAAGCCAGAGAUUACAUACUAUGAUGCCAGGGAUAAUGUGGAGGAGAAUGUUGAGACUUGUCACGGAACUGAACAAGGUGCUGACCACAGCGGUUCUACUCCACUGGUUUGGGACUCUCUUGGCCUGAAUCCUCUGCAAGAGAACAAUUUGCUAUGUCAGGAGAAUUCUACUAAUGAAGAUUUUGACGAAGAAAUAUUCGGCCGAGAGCCACCAGCUUGACUGUUGAGCUCAGUCUUAUUCUGAGUUACAAUAAGGCUAAAGCUCGCCUACACAGGUGUUGUCACGGGAUUGAGUUGAAGCCCUUCAAGCCGUAUGCUGAAGUGAGAUAAUUCAAAUGUAAAUUCAUUUUAGGUUACAAAACGUAGAAUAGUAAUCUUGAUGAAGCCGAAGAACAAUUACCAUAGGUAAUUCGCCUUGUGCUCUGUCCUAGUUCUUUCCUUUUUCUUCCCUUUUCUUUUCCAUACUAUCAGGUCAGACUUAGUUAGCCUUUCAUUUCUCCGAUCACUAUCAGAUGAAGCUCUGCGUCUGUGGAUUAUGGCUUCUUGUACAUAGAUAGAAUUAGCUGAGAGAUCCUGUAUCUUCCAAGUGCCCGUAUUGUUAUGGGUACCUUAUUUUGUUAUGCCUUGUGAUCUUAAUCACAUGAUUUUUUUUUUUUGCUUACA